UUGACGAGUAAACACGAACCUCUUACCAAAAUGCUUACGCGGAGCGUUAGACAGAUUUUUGGUAAAGUUGGUGAGCGAAGUUAUGCUAAAGUCGGAAUAGUUGGCGUACCUUUUGAAAAAGGACAGAAAAAAGGAGGCGUAGCGCAAGCUCCCGAUACUAUAAGGGCCGCUGGUUUGAUUAAUGAAUUAAAAUUAUUAGGUCUCGAUGUUAAGGAUUACGGUAAUGUUAAGUAUGAUGUAUCAGAUGUAAAUGUGGAUAACAUGUCCCAUCUCGGUCACGUUGCUGGUUGUACACAAAAAUUAUCAGAAGAAGUUCAGCGCAUAUUACGUGAUGGGCGAAAUGCUUUGACAAUUGGCGGUGAUCACAGUAUUGGAAUCGGUUCAAUAGAUGGUCAUGUCAAGGAAAAAAAGAAUGUAGCUAUUUUUUGGAUAGAUGCCCAUGCCGAUUUAAAUACCAAUAAGACAAGUGGAAGUGGUAAUGUUCAUGGAAUGCCUGUAGCAUUGUUAACAUCAGAAUUAGCAGACUAUUGGCCCUAUUUGCCUGGCAUGGAUUGGCAACAACCAAUGUUAUCAAUUCGAAAUGUAGCAUAUAUUGGUUUAAGAUCAGUUGAUAGUUAUGAAAGAUUAGUUAUUGAAAAAUUUGGUAUCACAGCUUUUGGAAUGGAAGAUGUUGAAAGAUAUGGCAUUCAUGACAUUAUACAUAUGGCUUUAAGAAAAGUUGACCCUGACAAUAAUAAAUCAUUACAUAUUAGCUUUGAUAUUGAUUCCUUGGAUCCACUUGAAGCUCCCAGCACAGGUACAGCAGUUCGAGGAGGUUUAUCCUUAAGAGAAGGUAUCCAUGCAAUGGAGGAACUAUACAGGACUAACAGAUUAAAUGCUCUUGAUUUAGUUGAAGUGAACCCUAAAAUAGGAGAUGAAAAGAGUGUGGAAUUAACAAUUUCAGCUGCGAUACACAUUAUCCAAGCUGGCUUUGGAUAUACAAGACGCGGUUUAAAAAUUCCAGAAGGUGUAACAGACAUGCCUUUACAAACAUUUAUAUAAUAAAGAUAAAUAUUUUCAAUAAAUUAUUCUGCUCUCUUUAUCAAUAAUUUGUAGCCUGGUACACUUUUUAUUGUAAGUUCUAACUUAGACAACACAGCUUUUUCAACUUGUUUUGUUUCUUUAUCUUUUAUAAACAUAGUUUCACAGUACAA